AUGCGAGGGGAUACUCCCGUGCCGACCGCCUCCGCAGAUGCCUGCCUCUUCAUUGCGUCCAUCUGUCGGCGCUGGCGGGAUCUCGCUAAGAGGCACGUCUCGUCGCUGCUGGUGAAGGAGGGCCGCGCCGUGUCUCACCGCGAUGUGCUCAACGCCGUCGCUUUCUUUCCCCGGCUGACCCAUCUGCACCUGGCGGAUUUGAGCGUUGAAUCGCUGGACGACGCGUUUCUAGCUGACCUCGCCUCUUCGUGCCCUUGGUUGAGAGCGCUGCACGUGGGGAUGCUAGCGGCGAAUGGGGGACCGCAUGGAAGCAAUGAGCGCGUGAUCACCGAAUCUGGCUUGGAUCAUUUCUUCCGCCAGUGCGCUCAACUGGAGCAUCUGUCGCUGUACUCAUCCCGUGUGUCCACUCUGCCCGAGAGCUUUGGGGAUCUUCCAGCUUUGAAGGCGCUGGUGCUGCGCCAGCUGCCACUGCUCCGUCUCCCUGCUUCCUUCACCCGACUCGCAUCUCUGGAGUCGUUGCUUCUCGUUGGGUGCAAGGAGCUGCUGGAGCUACCUGCAGGGUUUUGCUGCCUCACAGCACUCCAGACUCUGAGCCUGGCAUGUUCGCCCACCCUGCACCUUCCAGAAGACUUGGGUGCCCUGACCAAUCUGCGAACCUUUGAUCUUCAGGAUAACAGACAAGAGCAGCUGCCGUCCUCAUUCACGCAGCUGGCGUCGCUGACCCGGUUGGAGCUGGACGGUGCCCAUCUCCCUAACAUGGAGCACCUGGAACUGGUGCUGGAAGAAGAAGCAGAGAAGUCUCUGUCCCUGCUGGCAAGGCUUCCCCACCUCCGCACCUUGAUGCUCACGGAGGUCGGCAGUGUGAGCAAUCUGGUGGAACCUGGUGGCUCGGCAUUGCAGGAGCUGCAGCAGCUGAACAUCUACACUAGGUCUGAGAGAUUCACAGAGCUGCCUGACGCCAUCACCACUCUCCACCACCUCACAUCCCUUCAGAUCCACGCGCCGAAGUUAUCAUCUCUCCCGUACGCCUUUGGGGCAUUGUUAAGGCUGCGCAAGCUGGACUUAUCCUUCUGCUCUUCGCUCGCUCAUUUCCCUGAUUCCCUCACACAGCUCUCUUGCCUGCAUGAGCUGAACCUCUGCGACGCCAGCAUCCGCCUGCUUCCUGCUGGCUUUGCUAACCUCAGCAGACACAAGAAGCUUCAUCUGGAUCAAUGCGAGCAGCUGGAGGCUCUGCCGGGCGACUUAUGUGAUCUUAGAAUGCUUGAUGACUUGAACACUAGGAGGUGUGUUAUGCUCCAACGCUGA